GGUGAUGCUUUAGGGCGGGCAGAGAGAUUGCGGGGUCGACGGUGGACGUGGGGACGCGGUUUUAGCUCUGGCCCCACCGACUGGAUCCCCGCUGUCGUUGCCGCCAUGACGGGGCUCGCGCUUCUUUACUCUGGGGUCUCCGUGGCUUUCUGGGCUUCCAUGAUUGUCGUGGGAAUCUGCUACACCAUAUUUGACUUGGGCUUCCGCUUUGAUGUGGCAUGGUUCCUUACAGAGACUUCCCCCUUCAUGUGGUCGAACCUGGGCAUUGGUCUAGCUAUCUCCCUGUCUGUGGUUGGGGCAGCUUGGGGCAUCUAUAUUACAGGAUCCUCCAUCAUUGGGGGAGGAGUGAAGGCCCCCAGGAUCAAGACUAAGAACCUAGUCAGCAUCAUCUUCUGUGAGGCUGUAGCCAUCUACGGCAUCAUCAUGGCAAUUGUCAUUAGCAACAUGGCUGAGCCUUUCAGUGCCACUAACCCCAAGGCCAUCGGCCAUCGAAACUAUCAUGCAGGCUACUCCAUGUUUGGGGCUGGCCUUACGGUAGGCCUGUGUAACCUCUUCUGUGGAGUCUGCGUGGGCAUCGUGGGCAGUGGGGCUGCCCUGGCUGAUGCUCAGAAUCCCAGCCUCUUUGUAAAGAUUCUCAUCGUGGAGAUCUUUGGCAGCGCCAUUGGCCUCUUUGGGGUGAUCGUCGCAAUUCUCCAGACAUCCAGAGUGAAGAUGGGUGACUAG